UUUGCAGUUCCUGCCUUUCCUUGCCCUGCUACGGUGGCCGCCGAGGGUCAGGCGGAGCGUUUUCCUUCCCUGCUUUGAGGGAUGCUGCAAAAAGGAAAAGAAAGGUCCGCUUAGUUUCAGCUCCGCUUCCUUCUCUCCGCCCCGGGAAAGGCAGCAGCGCUUGGUUGUCAUAAUUCAAAAGGAUGGAGAAAAAGAAAAUUGUAAUGAAAUCCAACACGGCUGCUUCCAACCUACUGAGAACCUUGCAUUCUCUCUAUCAGUUUGGCCACUUCUGUGAUGCAAUAAUAUACACAGACCAGUUUGGCAUCCAGGAGGAGUUUUUCGUUCACAAAGUCGUAUUGGCUGCUUCCAGCAAUUACUUUAGAAGCCUGUUCCUCACCGAUGAGAUGCUGAAAGCCAGAGAUUGUCGGGUGACUCUCCAGGGUGUUCACACUGAAGAAUUUGCCUGCUUCCUAAAGUUUGCCUACACAACAGAAGUAGAAAUUGAAGCGGACAAACUGCACCGAAUAAAGGAGGUAGCCGAAAGACUUGAAUGCCAAGAUCUGCUUGAUGUUUUUGAAGAAAUGAAGGCUGUGGGAGAAGAUUUGGAUCUGGGGGUUCAUUCAGAAAGACAUGAAGGCGGUAGGUCUGUCUGCAGUAAAACAAAACAAGUAGAAAACAAGGAACAGAGUGCUUCGUCCCGAAUUUUGGCAGCGCCCAUGAAGAGACAGCUUUGGGACCGAAAGAAGCACACAAAACUGACUGCCGUCUAUGAUGGUAGUGAAGGUAAACCUGGCCAUUCUGACAAAUAUGGUGUUGUGUUUGAGGGGCCCAAAGACAGCACAGCAGCGUCAACUGGAUGUAAUGAAAUAGACAUGCACGGCGCUUAUACUAUGAAGCAUGUCAGCCUGCUGGAAAAUAAGGCCAGCCACCUGUCACUAAAUCAGGUGGACUCCAAGGAAGCCUGCAUUGUUACAAGCAAGAUACUACCUGGCCAGGAGGAGGGUGAAAACAUUUUGAAUCUUAGCAAAACCAAACUCAGGAAAUCGCCACGCAAUAUAUCGAAAGUCUUGCCCCAAACAUACACAUGUGACCAGUGUUGUCAUUCCUUCCAUUUUGCCAAGCAGUACCAGUCACACAUGGAACAAGAACAUGACGCAGAUCUGGUGGUUCAAUAUAGCUGCGAUAUGUGUGGCCAACUCUUUCCCAGUUGCCAGGACCUAAGGCAACAUAGGCUCACCGUUCACAAUGAUGAAAAGCAGUUCCCCUGCUUGUUGUGCGACAAAAGGUUUAAGUGCCAGAAAGACAUCAGCCAUCAUAUGCGGAGAGUGCAUGAGAAGAAAAAGAAUCCUCAGAGGUGUCCCUACUGUGACAAAGUGAUCAGCUCUAAAUGUGGCUUGACGGUUCACAUUCGAACACAUACGGGAGAGAAGCCUUAUAAGUGCGGCGGCUGCGCGGCAAGUUUUGCUCAGAGAUCUGCCUUCACCACUCAUGUAAGAAAAAUACAUGAAUCAGGACAAGACAGGAAACUCAGUCCAGAUUACUGGAUGAUAGCCCCGCCAACAAAAAAAGCAGAUGUUAUAGAUAGCAAAGUUGACAAGAAUAGCAAAACAUACCCAAAGGUACCAAACAGCGACUUGCAAAGAGAACCUGUGGAUGAAAAAACUCGGGAGCUUGAGGGAGAAUCCAGGAAUCCUCCUCCUUUAGAAGCAGAGUCUGAGAGGAAAGAGGAAAGUCAAGAGGAAUGUGGUGAUGCUGAUAUUCAAAGAGAAAAACCAGGUGGACACAGGACUUUGGUUGCAGAGGACUGUGUAAAAGGAGAAAGGGACUGUGAAAUAGAAGGAAGGGGCAGGGAAGAGAAUGAGGCAGUCUCUUCCGAAGACGUCGAUGAGAAUUCAAAUGAUCAAGACGCUGAAGAAAGCAAAUCGGACGCCGGUUGCAAAGCGAGGGGCGUUGUGAACAAAAACGAGGGCGCCAAAAAAUCGGCCUAUGUUAUAACGUGUACCAAAUGUGCAGAGAAGUUCGUCUCGAGGAAGAAAUACACUGACCACUGCAAAAACGUCCACCAUUCUGUGCCUGGUAAAAUUUAUCAGUGCGACGUCUGUAGCAAGUCCUUCGCGAGUUACAACAGCUGGAAGGAGCACAGGGCGAGCGUCCACACGGACGACAGGCAGUUUUCCUGCACCCUCUGCAACGCCACUUUUAAAAGGAAAAGGGACGUGAGGACCCACUAUAUGCGGAAGCACGAAGGAAGAGUGAAGCGUCCCCUUUGCUCUGUCUGCGGGAAGAUCUUGAGCUCAAGAACGGCGCUAGUGUUUCACAUGAGGACCCACACAGGCGAGAAGCCGUACCAGUGCAGCAUUUGUUGCUCAAGAUUUGCUCAGCCAUCGCAGCUCAAAAUACACACCAGGUCCCAUACAGGUGAAAAGCCAUACAUCUGUGAGGAUUGUGGAGCUUGCUUUGUGGAUAAAGGCAAGCUUACUGGCCACAAGAGGACACAUACAGGAGAGCGUCUGUUCAAGUGUGAUGUCUGUGGAAAACAUUUUUCUACCAACGAAUACUUGAAAUGCCAUAAGCGCUGCCACAUGGGAGCCAAGCCAUACAAGUGUGAUGUGUGUGGGAAAACAUUUGGACUGAGGGCCUCAUUAGCCCAACACAGUAACGUUCAUGCAGAGACUCCUCCUUAUUUCUGUGAGCAGUGUGGAAAGACCUUUACUCAGCAAGGAGCCCUGAGGCGUCACCAGCGUAUUCACACUGGAGAAAAACCCUACAAGUGCAGGGCCUGUGAAAGGACCUUCACAGAUCUGUCUACCCUGAGAAGGCAUGUCCUGGUACAUGAUCGGAAUGCUCACUGGAGGACUUUCUUAAUAGAUCUUACCAUCAAAAAGGAUCACAACUGGUCCAAAAUAGAGCCUUUUUCUAAUAUCCGUAUGGGAGAGGACUCUAAUCUGGUUUGGUCCGACGGCCAAAGUAAACUUUAUAAACCAGAGAGCACCAGUGUAAAAAAAGCGGAACACAUAUCAUGUGGUAGUAGUAAUGCCAGAGAUCCUGACCAUUCCCUUACGUAUUUAUAA